GUUAAGUAACUGGACUAUAAUGUACUAUUAUAUCAGCUAGACCUUUGCCUUAGGAUUCUUCCAUGCUUUACAUAUAAUAACUAGAGCAUCUAGUUAUAUCUAUGGUUAUCGGGAAUAUUUUUGGGAUAUCAAUUAAUUUAAUUUCACAUGCUUUGAUAUGCUUUAGGUGGAGAGUUUAGUACCUUAGUCCUUUCCUGUCGUAACUGAUUUAUGUAAACAUGAAAAAUUGAAAACCACUUUCCAUGUGUAUGGGAAGCGGGAGGUUGAUGUGCCUCCAGUUCCUUUGUUUUCGUCAUAAUCUCAUCCCCCCCCCCCAAAAAAAACAAAAACAAAAGUGGAACUGGUGCAUGUAUAUUGACAGUUUUAGUGGUGCAUAAGUUGCAUUUGUUUUAGGUCUCUUUGGCAUAUACAUUUUUUGUACAUUAGACUAGAACAAAGCAGUUGGUGUAAUAAUCUUACAAGCAUUUGUUUUGGCUCGGGGAUUAUCCAAUCUCCUUGCUCUGGUCCAGCCAAUGCGUGAGCUCCUGUCCUUUGGUUGCUGGUCAACUUUUUGACAAGGAUAAGAGAUAAGCCUUGUGGUGUAAGAAGUGUGUGUGUGUGUGGCUGUAGGGGGGGCGGGGGGUCUAAACCCACUGCUUUAUUCUUAAUAUGUAGUUCUCUUGCGUAUUUGAGAAAAAAAUAGUAAUAAUCUUACUGGCCAUAGUAUAUAGUAAUUGAGGUCGAACCAGCUUACAUAUGUAUCUUUUGCCAGAUUUCCAGUUACAUAAUUAUGAGAGGUAUGUGGUUCGGCAAAAACGAGCAGAAGGAAAGAAGGCCCUAAAGGAUUAUCUUCUCUAUGGAAAGUCAUUGCCUCAUUUACAGGAUGGAAGCACAGGUAGCUUUGCUAACUCACAUGCAAUUCCGAGGUUCAAAACGUUUAGGAAAGGACCUCAAACUCACUGGUCAUCGAAUUCAUGGCAAGGCGUACACAAUCACAGAAAGAAUAAAAAGGACAAGGAAAGGUUCUGCAACUUCUUCCAUGAUGACCAUCAUGUGCACCCUGAUGACAUCUUUGAAGCUGUCUUCGGGGCACAUUAUGGUUUUACUUGGUCUCAAAUAUCGUGGGAAGGGUUUCACUUCAGGGACAAAUCGUUCAGAUUUAGAUGGAGCGGCCGUGAAUCACGCAGAGAGAAAAUUCCAUGUGACAGCGAAGAUGAAGAAAGCGCGGAUGAGAGCAGAGAAACAGCCAGCGUUGGUUCACAUGCUCACAGGGUCAUCCUUGGAUUACAACCAUGUGGUCCACUAACUCUAGAAGAUGUUAAAACUGCUUUCCGGGCAUCUGCGCUGCGGUGGCACCCUGACAGGCACCCGGGGUCAUCACAGGCCAUGGCUGAGGAGAAGUUUAAGCUGUGCGUGAAUGCGUACAAUUCACUCUGCAGUGUCCUCAAGGCUGCUUAGGUUGUGUUUGCUGUCACUGGAGGAUGUUAGCUUGUUAUGGUAUAUCAGUUUUGAAGGGCUCAGGGGCUGAACAAUUUGGCGGGGAAACCACUGGCGACCAUGGAUGCAGUGCAGUGGGUUGUUUUGUUUCACUUUUUAUUUCGAUUGAGAUAGUAAGGGGAAACUUAAAUCCCCGGACCCCUGCCUUUAAAGGCUAGUUUGGGAGCCACAAAACCAGAGGGGGUUGGAGGGACUAAAAUCUACUUCUUAUUCAAAAUUGAAUAAGAAAGUGAUUUUAUCCCCUCCAAUCCCCUCCGGGUUUUGAACUCCCAAACUAGCCCUAAACCCUUUGGGAUCUCUGCCUUUUCUCGGGGUGAGGAAGCAGUCCAUCGGGGUACCAUUUGAAUUAGACAUUUAUUUCCUUAUGUGAGGUUUUCCUCCCUGUAUUUGGCCUCCCUUGCUUUCAAACUAGUCCCAAAAGGGAUAGGAGCGCCACUGUUUGUUGUUGUACUAACUUGUACACUAGUGUGAAUUGUAACAUUUGAUUCAUAAAAGUGGAACAAAUAAAAAUACAAAGGGGCAUGUGAGGCAUGAGAAUCCUUCAAAUGGGAUUGCUCGCUGUGGACUUGUGGUACUGUUGGCUA